AUGUCAGGAGGAGAGUGCAGUAUAGUAUGGUGCAGAGUCAGAAUGAGGAAUGCAUGCCAGCCAGUUCCUUCCUAAGCUUUGCUGCUCAGUAUCCCAGUGUGCACACACAUAUACACAAGCUGGGAUUUAGGCUCAUGGCUCUUAUUAAGGGACCAUUCCUGAUUAUUGUUUUACUUGGAUUUACGCUGCAUAUUGCACAGCCCAGAAAAGCGGUGAGAUGCCCCACCACAUGCAGCUGCACAAAAGAAUCAAUCAUUUGUGUCGGAUCUUCCUGGAUCCCAAAAAUCGUCCCCAGCGACAUCACGUCCUUGAGUCUGGUCAAUGGGACAUUUACAGAAAUUAAGGACAGAAUGUUUUCCCAUCUGCCCUCUCUGCAGUUGCUCUUGCUGAAUUCUAACUCAUUUACUGUCAUUCGAGAUGAUGCCUUUGCCGGUCUCUUUCACCUCGAGUACCUAUUUAUCGAAGGAAAUAAAAUAGAGAACCUUUCAAGACAUGCAUUCAGGGGGCUACGAGAUCUAACUCAUCUGUCCUUGGCCAAUAACCAGAUUAAGACUUUGCCAAGAGAUAUCUUCAGUGAUUUACAUUCACUCAUUGAACUAGACUUACGAGGCAACAGGUUUGAGUGUGACUGCAAAGCUAAGUGGCUGUUUUCCUGGCUGAAGACGACCAAUUGUACUGUAUCUGAUGUAUUGUGUCUUGGGCCCCCUGAAUACCAAGGGAAAAAGUUAUAUGGAGUAAUGAGUUUUGACUCUGAGUGUAUAACCACAGAUUUUGUUGUUCCUCAGAUCUUGCCUUAUCACUCAGUUUCAGUGGAUACAUUUCACUAUAAGAAUGAUGUUUUCGUGGCAAUUGCACAGCCGAGCAUGGAGAACUGUAUGAUUCUAGAAUGGGAUCAUAUUGAAAUGAAUUUCAGAAGUUAUGACAAUAUUACAGGCCAAUCAAUCGUCGGAUGCAAAGCGAUUCUAAUAGAAGAACAAGUGUUCAUGGUAGUGGCACAAUUGUUUGGAGGUUCUCAUAUAUACAAGUAUGACGAAAGUUGGACCAAGUUUACCAAGUUCCAGGACAUAGAAGUCUCAAGGAUUUCAAAACCAAAUGAUAUUGAGUUGUUUGAAAUUGAUGGUGAAAGAUUUUUUGUCAUUGCAGACAGCUCAAAAGCUGGUCUUACUACAGUAUAUAAAUGGAAUGGCAAAGGAUUCUACUCAUAUCAGUCUCUUCAUGAAUGGUUCAGAGAUACCGAUGCCGAGUAUGUUGAGAUUGAUGAUAAACCUCAUCUUAUUUUAUGUAGUCGCUCACAAGUCCCAUUGAUUUUGCAGUGGAACACCGUGUCAAAAAAAUUCAUUCCUCACAGUGAUAUACCAAACAUGGAAGACAUUCUGGCUGUAAAAAGUUUCAGAAUGGAAAAUGAACUUUACAUUUCCUUGACCAGAUUUAUUGGAGACUCCAAAGUCAUGAAGUGGAAUGGAAAGCAAUUCUUAGAUAUUCAGGCUCUGCCAUCUCGUGGGGCUAUGACCUUGCAACCAUUCUCCUUUAAAAAUAGACACUACUUAGCAUUGGGAAGUGAUUAUACCUUCUCGCAGAUUUAUCAAUGGGACACAGAAAAGAAUACUUUCAAGAAAUUCAAAGAAAUUUAUGUGCAAGCUCCUCGUUCCUUCACUCCUGUGUCAACUGACCGCAGAGAUUUUGUUUUUGCUUCAAGCUUCAAGGGAAACACACAAAUUUUUGAACAUAUUAUUGUUGACUUGAGUUUGUAAAAGCUAAACUUUUUAAGGGGCCUACUUGUGAGAACUAACAUAUAAAAAGGGACAGUAAAGACAAAAUUAAACUUUCAUUAUUUAGAUGCAUGUAAUUUGAAAUAACUUUCCAAUUUACUUCUAUUAUCAAAUUAGUUUUGUUCUCUCAGUAUCAUUUGUUGAAAAGUAGGCUUAGGAAAUGAAGAAGAGGAAGCUAACUGAACAGAUUGGGUAGCAAACACCAGCUAGCAGCUUCUAGCAGUGGAUUGCUGCUCCUAAGUCUAGAUAGCUCUUCAACAAAGGUUACUAACAGAACAAAGUAAAUUUGAUAGAAGUAAAUUGGAAAGUUGUUUAAAAUUGCAUGCUCUUUCUAAAUCAUGAAAGUUUAAAAUUUGACUUUACUGUUCCUUUAAGUAGAGAAAAGAUGUUGAUUAAUGAAAAGAUCCUGAAUGCAUCUAUUAAAGAAAAUUGGAUAUUGAUUGGAAGGGUCUGAAUUAAAAGAAAAUAACAUAAGGAAAAGCAGAUUUUGUUAACUGCAUGACCAAGUACAGUAUAUUUUCAAUAUUGAUACACUGCUUUUGAAUGAUUUUAACAUAUACAUUGGUACGUAUAAAAUAUAUGACAAUAUUUAAGUUAUAA